CUACCAAAAUAACCACCAGAUAUGCUGGCUACGAGAGCACGGCCAAAAUGGUAGAUGAAUCGUUGAAAAAGCUUGGGUUCGAAUAUAUCGACCUCUAUCUCAUACACGACCCUUAUCCCGGAAAAACUAAAUCACUAGGGACUCAUAGGCCACUCCUAGCCGCCCAGAAAUCAGGGAAAAUCCGUUCUGUCGGCGUCUCGAACCAGUACGGCGUCCACCAUUUGGAGGAAAUUAGAAAUGAAGGCCUCCCUGCGCCAAGCGUGAAUCAAAUCGAGUUGCAUCCGUUCGGCCAGCAGAAGCUUAUAGUGGAAUACUGUGCAGUGAAUGGAAUCGCGGGAGAAGCAUAUUCUCCACUCGUGCGAGGUGUGGCAAGGGACCAAACCGUACUUCAAGUAGUAAAUGAGGUCGGAAAGUCCCCUUUCCUUGUCUACAUCCGAUGGUCACUGCAGAGAGGCUUUAUCCCAUUGCUCAAAUCAGCAACUCCAUUCAGGAUCGUGGAAAACGCUAGUGUGUCUAAUUUCCAGCUGAGCGAGGAGCAAAUGGCAGCGUUGAAUGCGCUAGACAAAGGAAGGGAUGGCGCUGUGACUUGGAAUCCUGUUGAUGCUCCAUAGUGACCAGAAUCUCUGCAUAAGAACUAGAACGCGCGAAUCU